AUGGAAGGGUUAAAGCGGACUUGGAGACAGAUAGUCUACACUUUUAGUACAGAAGAUCGGUACGCUGGAUUCAAUCCGAAUGAGGGCACACAGGGAGGAGGUUUGUCAGCGGGAACGGAUGGGUUUGAUUCUGUGAAUGGGUCGCAGAUCCAGUUGAAUGAGCUUGUGGAUGGUGGGGAAGUUGGGGGAAACGAUGGUGUGAGUGAAAGUUUGUUGGCGUGGAGACACAUUGAUAGUUGGUGUAGUGAGCACAACCCGGAUCUAUAUGCUACGUUGAGUUCGCCCUGUACCAAGAAUGAUAUCAGCCGAGCUGAGCGAGAUUUGGCGAUUACAUUUCCAGCUGCAGUUCGUGCAUCGCUUCGGAUACAUGAUGGGCAGGAGGAUAUCGAGUCUAUGCAAGGAGCCUCUGGGUUGAUUUAUGGGCUAAAGUUGAUGAGUCUUGAUGAAAUAGCGCAUAUGACACAAACAUGGAGAAACGUUGCAGCCAAGUUGCAGAGAGAAGCUGUGAAGAUGGAGCAGAGGAGAAUGGAAGAGUCUUCGACCAACUUGCUGAAGCCUGGGCUGACGCCACAGGCUGUUAAACAGAAGGGGUAUGGUAAGGUGGAGAAUCAGGAUUACAACAACAAUCCACAUCUGCAUAAGGACAUUUCUCAGAACUAUAAUAAACAAUUUAAGAUGGACAAGAUUCCAAAACAGGGAUCUAUUCCUCCAUUAGCUGUACAGCCUGUUUACGCACAUCCAGGCUGGAUCCCUAUGGUAACCGAUCAGGCAGGUAACCACAUUGGUGUUGAUUUGGCACCAGGACCCAAAGGUAAAUAUGCUCAGGUUAUCUUGUUUGGUAGGGAUUUUGACACCAAAUUUGUUGUUGCGGACAACUGGGGUGACUUUUUGUUGAAUUUCGUUAAUGACUUGGAGAAGGGAAACUGGGUUUUUGUUGAUAACACUGAUGACUAUUUGAAUGGCGAGGGCGAUUUGAUGUUUAUCGACAAGUCCACAAGAGGACCUAUCUUGGAAUACAUGGGCGUUUUAAAAAAGAGAGUUUGGGACAAUUGGCAGAAGACUAAGCCAAUGGUAUCUGCUCCUGGUUCUGCCUCUAAUGCUUCGAACCCUGCAUUGACUGCUUCUGUGGUUAGUACUACUGAUUUAGCUAGCCGUUCUGACACGAAUGGUGGUAUUUUUGCAUCAAAUCCUUCAGUAGACGCUUCUAUGUCUCCCGAAUCGGUAUCUUACAACCAAGUACCAGAGGUCAUAGUUGAAGAGUCAAACUUAAGAAUAAAUGGUAGCUCUGAUAUUUUGAAAGAUAUGAAGGAUGAACGAAAAUCACCAACAGCAACCGAAGAAUCAGUGGUUGAUACUAAGUCAGCAGAGAAGAAUGAAGCCAAGAGUUCCACGAAUACUGUUGAGGAAGGAGAGAAUCAGAAAGACUCUCUGAUUGAAAUAAAUCACAAAGAAGCGAAAGAUGCAGAGCAGGAUUUAAAACCUGCGGAAGAUUUUGCUGUCGAGAAACUACAAGAUGAAUUUGAAAAUGUAGCAUUAUGA